UAUGAGGUUUCUUUUAAUUAAAUACAAUUAUGAACCUGAAAAUGACCAUAAUAUGAGCACUUUAAAAAGAAUUCUGUUGCUGACUUUGAUCUCUGUGUUCCAAAUCUUUUUGCGGUGGUACAUUUUAAGUGACUGCAGUUUCUUUCUUUCAUGUUUCCUAUAAAAUAGUUGCAAGAAUGAACCCUGGCUGCUAUGAAUCCACAGAUAUUCUGUGCAUUUGUGUUGGUGUGCGACAGAGGAAACCAUAGUAGGCUACUUCCUUUCACUCCUCAGUCACAAAGGUCCUUAAGUGAACUUUGUCACCACAGAUAAAGCCAAGCACUUUGUGGUUUUCAUUUCACAUCCUGUGACUGACAAAAAGGAAACUGGCUGCAUGGACGGACAUUUCUUGUGACAAACUGUUUUUGGCAGAAAAGGACAGACGAUGGCGGAAUCUGCCUGUCUAUCCACAAUGCAUGAAUGGGAGUCCCCAGAUUAUGAACCGUCACUUCCUGUUUCAGAGAAGUCCAACCCCCUGACCCGUGACAUCGACCGGGCUUCAGCCAAUGGUAUUGUGAGGAUGUUGCAGGCCUGUGAUGCCCAGAUGUUUCAGGAAGAGACAGGAGCCACCUACCAGAGGCUUUUGAGUAAACAAGUGGUGGAAACAUUGAUGGAGGUUGCUAAGAAGGUGGAGCGCAUUCUCAAGGAUCCUCGGGACAGUGUCGUCGUACUGAGUGGUUGUGGAACUUCUGGUCGACUGGCUUUCCUCAUCACGUCGACUUUUAACAGAGCGCUGAGGGAGCUGAACCAGAGUUCAGUUUAUUCGUACAUCAUUGCAGGAGGAGACAGGGCUCUGUUAUCCUCUCAAGAAGCGCCUGAAGAUGACCCCAAACAGGGCAUGCUCAGUCUAAAGAAGGUCUGUGAGGGAAAGAAGCGGGUCUUGUUCAUUGGUAUUUCCUGUGGACUAUCUGCUCCAUUUGUGGCGGGUCAGCUGGACCUCUGCCUGCAGCACCCUGAGGUCUACACUCCUGUACUGGUUGGCUUCAAUCCUACACAUCAGGCUAGGGAUGAGUCCAUUCCAGGCUGCACGUUCACAUUUCACAGUGUGGCGCAAAGGAUGCAGGAGCUUACCAAAAGUCAAAAGGCUUUCCUCAUCAACCCAGCGGUUGGGCCGGAGGCCAUCAGUGGCUCCUCCAGGAUGAAAGGAGGCAGUGCCACUAAGAUUCUCCUGGAGGUUAUCCUGUCUGCUGCUCAUGCUGCCACCUUCACAAACAACAACACGUACAAGGGCAUCCUGCAGCACAUGAGAGCAUACGAGAAAACUCUGGAUGUCACUUUUGCUCAGAAAGAGGGGAUAAGUGCUCUGUUGGAGGCAGCUGGAAAGAGUUUGCAGUGUGGUAGGCGUGUGUGUUACCUGGGAUGGGGCUCCCUGGCCACGCUGGGCCUCAUUGACGCCAGCGAGUGUAUCCCCACGUUUGGAGCAGACUAUGAAGAUGUUCGGGGCUUCAUCAGCGGAGGAUACAGAGAGCUAAACAACAAUGAGGGUCCACUGGGUCCUGACUUUUGCAUAGCACAUGAGGAUUUUUUGCAUCUAGUUCUGCCCUUUCUCAAUGACCAGGACAUCGUUCUUCUUAUCUACACACACUCCGACGAUGUCAGUGAAGUGGCGAAGUUGGCGCGCAGAGUGAGAGAGAAGACGUCCAACCUCCACGCUGUUUAUCAUCGGGUUGAUGGAGACACUGCAGCUGCUGUACAACAAGAGGACAUCAAUAAGCUGUGUUUAUCCUCAUUAAAAAUCACUUGGUCAUCACCUGCUUCAGGGAUCUUAGCACACCUGCAGUGGGAGCUGUCCACUAAGCUGCUGCUGAACACUGUGAGCACCGGCGCUCACGUCUUAAAGGGGAAGAUUUACCAGAACUACAUGAUCGACGUGCAGGUCACCAACAGCAAACUCUACUGCCGAGCCACACGUUUACUCCAGAAGCUGUCUGGCUGUCCUGAGUCCCAGUGUGAGGAAGCUCUCUUGAAGACCAUCUACCGUGUGGACAAGCUGACGGCGGACAUUACAUCCUCCGACAUCGCCACGCACACACUCACUGCCAGAAACAGGACCAAGGUGGUCCCUCUGGCUUUGGUCUGUUUGCUGACCGGUUGCUCUCUCAUGGAGGCAGAGACUCAUUUGGAGCAACAGCCAAUCGUAAGGGAGGCUGUGGAGGCGUGCCUGUCAUAACUGACAUGGCAUGAUGUCAUCGUCAAGUCCCUACACAAAUACACUUCAUUCAUGUAUUCAAUCAAUCCUGUAUUUCCCCUCUACAGUGAGGUGACAGGUCAGCAGAUCAGCUGAUCCCUGCUAUAUUUAGUGUAAUUAUGACAGUUAAAUUAAAAGUCAUGCUUUGUUGGUUAUUGCUUUGAUUAUGAGCUAAUAUUGACUACGCUGAAAAUAGUUUGGAUUUUGUCACCUGCACCAUGCAACACCAUGUUAUAACACUAAGGGGCAGACUUGACACCUCAACACAAGCAUAAUAACCUGCAAAUGUGCUGUCAAUUUCUACUGUUCUGAGAAGAGACAGUGUUUUGAAAAAAAUUUGUUUCAAAUAUGUAGAUACAAGAUGUUAGAAUAUAGUGUGCACAAUCAAAUCA